CGCGGGUCGGCAGGGUCCCGCGACACACACUUCCGUGUUCCAACUGCGCACGUGCACCCGCUGCUCCGCGCAGCCUGCUCGUGCGGCCGGGCAACAUGUCGCACUUACAGAUGAAACUCCUGCGCAAGAAGAUCGAGAAGCGGAACGUCAAGCUGCGGCAGCGAAACCUGAAGCUGCAAGAAGCAUCAGACACGAGCCUGUCAGAGCCUCAAAACAGAGAUGGGCCUAAAGUCAGAGUCGGAAAAGUUAAGAAAGCCAUGAAACAUUCUGUGAAUGUGGGCUCAGCAGAAGCACAAAGUGGAGGCAUGCUUGAAGAGACAGUGCAAAACUCGAAAGCUAAAAGAUCACCCCAAAAGCCUACCACUUUAACCAAUGGGGAAACAGCAGCAACGCCUUCUCCUGAUUCAGAACCAAAAAAGAAAAAGAAGAAGAAAAAGAGGAAAAUGGCAAAUGAUGCUGGGCCUGACACCAAAAAACCGAAAACCGAAGAAAGCAUUGGGGCUCACGAGGAAGCAGAAGAUGGUGUGGAGGAGCCAGAUGACAGGGAGGAGCCCAGCCUGCCCCUCGGACUGACAGGUGCUUUUGAAGACACUUCAUUUGCUUCCUUGUCGAACCUCGUCAAUGAAAACACUCUGAAGGCUAUAGAAGAAAUGGGCUUCAAGCGCAUGACCGAGAUCCAACAUAAAAGUAUCAGGCCACUUCUGGAAGGCAGGGAUCUUCUGGCAGCUGCGAAAACAGGCAGCGGCAAAACCCUUGCUUUCCUCAUCCCUGUGAUCGAGCUCAUUGUCAAGUUGAAGUUCAUGCCCAGGAAUGGAACAGGAGUCCUGAUUCUCUCCCCUACCAGAGAACUGGCCAUGCAGACCUUCGGUGUUCUGAAGGAACUGAUGACACACCAUGUUCACACGUAUGGGCUAAUCAUGGGUGGCAGUAACAGGUCUGCUGAAGCGCAGAAGCUUGUCAAUGGCAUCAACAUCAUCGUGGCCACCCCAGGCCGGCUCCUAGACCACAUGCAGAAUACUCCAGGGUUUAUGUACAAGAACCUCCAGUGUCUGGUUAUUGAUGAGGCUGAUCGAAUCUUGGAUGUUGGGUUUGAGGAAGAAUUAAAGCAAAUUAUUAAACUUUUGCCAGUACGCAGGCAAACUAUGCUCUUUUCUGCCACACAAACUCGAAAAGUUGAAGACUUGGCAAGAAUUUCUCUGAAAAAAGAGCCAUUGUAUGUGGGUGUUGAUGACGAUAAAGAGGUUGCCACGGUGGAUGGGCUUGAGCAGGGAUAUGUUGUGUGUCCCUCUGAGAAGAGGUUCCUUCUGCUCUUCACAUUCCUUAAGAAGAACCGGAAGAAGAAAGUGAUGGUCUUCUUUUCAUCAUGUAUGUCUGUGAAGUACCACUAUGAGCUACUGAACUACAUUGACCUGCCUGUCUUGGCCAUCCAUGGAAGGCAAAAGCAGAAUAAGCGAACAACCACGUUCUUCCAAUUCUGCAAUGCAGAUUCAGGGAUACUGCUGUGCACAGAUGUGGCCGCCAGAGGGCUGGACAUCCCGGAAGUGGACUGGAUUGUUCAGUAUGACCCUCCCGAUGACCCCAAGGAAUACAUUCAUCGUGUGGGUAGAACGGCCAGGGGCCUGAAUGGGAGAGGGCACGCGCUGCUCAUCCUACGCCCUGAAGAGUUGGGUUUCCUUCGUUACCUGAAGCAAUCCAAGGUUCCAUUGAAUCAGUUUGACUUUUCCUGGUCUAAAGUUUCUGACAUUCAGUCUCAGCUGGAAAAGCUGAUUGAAAAGAACUACUUUCUCCAUAAGUCUGCACAGGAAGCAUACAAGUCCUACAUUCGAGCGUAUGACUCGCACUCCCUCAAGCAGAUCUUUAAUGUGAACAACUUAAAUUUGCCUCAGGUCGCUCUGUCUUUUGGUUUUAAGGUCCCUCCUUUCGUGGAUCUGAACGUGAGCAGCCAUGAUGGCAAGCUUAAAAAGAGAGGAGGUGGUGGUAGAUUCGGCUACCAGAAAACAAAGAAAGUGGAGAAGUCCAAGAUCUUUAAACACAUCAGCAAGAAGACCGCAGACCGUAGGCAGUUCUCCCACUGAAGGGAACGGCUUUCCACCCAGACUGACUUUGCCCUAAUUUCCCCUUUCUCUUUAAAAAUGAACUUUUUCAAUCACCUUUAGGAUCUUUCUGCCUUUUAUUAUGAUGAUAAUAUUUUAUUUUUAAAUACUCCCAUAAAUAAACCAUGUCUUUGUUCUAA